UCCUCCCCAGAUAAAGAGAUUGAGAGUGAAGAGGACAAGAGACAAUCUAAUGCAACAGAAUGCAGUGGAAAGAAGUCAUAUCGGGGUUUACAAUGCAGUAAGAUAUUCACGGAUGAGAGCACUUUAAUUCUACAUCAGAAAGCAUGCUGUAGAGAAGAGGGAAUUGUUAGCAGUUUUAGAACAAAGUUAGAUAUGAGCUUUAAGUGCCCCCAUUGUGAUAAGAUUUUUGAUUGUGAUAAUAAUCUAAUCACCCAUAUGGGAAUACAUGAAAAUGGAGAUAAACCCUAUCUUUGCCCUCAUUGUAAGAAGGGUUUUGCCAAAAAGGUCUUCCUUACACAUAUAAAAACACACAUAGGAGAAAAGCCUUAUGAUUGUUCUCACUGUGAGAAGAUAUUUUCUAGAAAGUCUCGUCUUACAAUGCAUAUGAGAACACAUACUGGUGAAAAGCCUUAUCAUUGCUCUUAUUGUGAGAAGAAAUUUUCUGUGAAGAGUAAUCUUACCGGCCAUAUAAGAACACACACAGGAGAAAAACCUUGUGAUUGUUCUCUUUGUGAAAAUAUAUUUUCUAUAAAGUCUCAUCUUACAAUGCAUAUGAGAACGCAUACUGGUAAGAAGCCUUAUCAUUGCUCUUAUUGUGAGAAGAAAUUUUCUGACAAGUGUGAUCUUACCCGUCAUAUGAGGACACACACAGGAGAAAAGCCUUAUGAUUGUUCUCACUGUGAGAAGAUGUUUUCUAGAAAGUCUCGUCUUACAAUGCAUAUGAGAACGCAUACUGGUGAAAAGCCUUAUCAUUGCUCUUAUUGUGAGAAGAGAUUUUCUGUGAAGAGUAAUCUUACCCGCCAUAUAAGAACACACAGAGGAGAAAAACCUUAUGAUUGUUCUCACUGUGAGAAGAUAUUUUCUAUAAAGUCUCAUCUUACAAUGCAUAUGAGAACACAUACUGGUAAGAAGCCUUAUCGUUGCUCUUAUUAUGAGAAGAAAUUUUCUGACAAGUGUGAUCGUACUUGUCAUAUGAGAACACACACAGGAGAAAAGCCUUAUGAUUGUUCUCACUGUGAGAAGAUGUUUUCUAGUAAGUCUAAUCGUACAAGGCAUAUGAGAACACAUACUGGUAAAAUGCCUUAUCAUUGCUCUUAUUGUGAGAAGAAAUUUUCUGACAAGUGUAGUCUUACCCGUCAUGUAAGAACACACACAGGGGAAAAGCCUUAUGAUUGUUCUCACUGUGAGAAGAUGUUUUCUAGAAAGUCUCAUCUUACAAUGCAAAUGAGAACACAUACUGAUAAAAAGCCUUAUCAUUGCUCACAUUGUGAGAAGAAAUUUUCUGUGAAGAUUCAACUUACCCAUCAUAUAAAAACACAUACUGGAGAAAAGCCUUAUGCUUGCUUUCAUUGUGAGAAGAGAUAUUCUGUGAGGAGUCAUUUUUCUGCCAUUUAAGAACACAUAGAGGAGAAAAGCCAUAUGCUUGUCCACAUUGUGAGGAGAAAUUUUCUCAGAAGUUUCAGCAAACCCGUCAUAUAAAAACACACACUGGAAAAAAGCCUUUUGCUUGCUCUCAUUGUGAAAAAAUUUCCUUUCAAGAGAAAUCUUACACAAUAUUUAAGGACGUUUACUGGAGAAAAACCUUGCGCUUAAUCUCAAUGUGAGAAGAGCAUUCCUUACAAAUAUUACUAAAAAUUUAAAGACACAUACUGGAGGAAAACCUUAUGCUUUGAUAUCAUUAUGAGAAAUGAUUUUCUAUGUAGACUGUACAUACCCGUUUUAUUAGAACAGAUACAGGAGCAACAUCUUAUUCUUGCUCUUACUGUGAGAAGAGAUUUUCUCAAGAGUGAAAUCUUUCAUGUCAUAUAAGAACACAUGCCGGACAGAAUCCGUCUGAUUGGUGUCAUUGUGAGAACAGAUUUUCUACAAAGAUCUAUUUUAGCCUUCACAUAAGAACACACACUGGAGAAAAGACUCAUGCUUGCCCUCAUUGUAAGAAGAUAUUUUACAGAAAGAGUGAGCUUUCCUGUCAUAUGAAAUCUUUGGGAAGGGGGAGUGAGGAAGGAUUUAGAAAGAUUAAUAGUUGACUGAUAUCAGGUCUACAAGGUUUAGUUCCCCCUAUUGAUUCCUUUAUUUGUAAACCGUAGUAGUAGGUAACUAAAUACAUGUACAUGUACACUGUGAUGAAAAGUGUGAAAAUGGCAUUUAAGAUAAAUACCCUUCUUUUCCUCCCCAGAUAAAGA